AUGGUUAUUAUUGGUGAUGAUGUUGAUAGGAUUGCAGCACUAAAGUCUGAGUUAGCUCGUUGUUUUGCAAUGAAGGAUUUGGGCACGCUACGUUACUUUUUGGGCAUUGAGAUCGCCUCCUCUCUGAAAGUUUAUCUUCUCUCACAGUCUAAGUAUAUAACUGACAUAUUUGAGUGUGUUUGUCUUACUGAUAAUAAGACUAUUGAUACACCUCAUGAAGUUAAUGCUCGGUAUUCUUCUGUUGAGGGUUCUCCUUUGCCAGAUCCUAGCUUAUACCGUACUGCUGUUGGUAUCUUAGUUUAUCUCACCAUCACUCAACCAGAUAUUGCACAUGUUGUUCAUGUGUUGGUCAAUUUGUUACUUCACCUACUGCCUUUCAUUGGUCCAUUGUUCUUUAGCAAGAAGCAAGAUGUUGUUUCUAGAUCUUUUACAGAGGCAAAGUAUCGCGCUAUGGCUUCUACCGCUUAUGAGAUAGUUUGGUUACGUUGGUUACUUACAAAUAUGGGUGUUUUUCCUCAUCAACCUACUCCAUUAUAUUGUGACAAUAAGAGUGCUAUUCAGAUUAUAGCUGACUUGUUUACAAAGUCGCACUCCAUUUCGCAUUUUUGUUUCUUAUCUAACAAACUCUCGAUGCUUGUUAAAGCCGCAUCAUGA